GAGCCGCUGCCUGCAGUCUUCUUUGAGGUUAUAAUUUGAGAUUUAAAACAUUUUCAAAUAUUUUCUCUAAAUUUUAACAGUGUUGAUAAUCAAAAAUAUACUUGAAUUUGAUAAAAUUAAAAAAAUAAAAAUUCCAGUUCUUUAGAUUUGUAGAUUUGAUGUUGUGGUACACACACUGGCCUUGAAAAUUCUAAAUUUUGUUCAAGUGGAUUUGAAGUGUUUUGUGAACGAACAUACGAAGUUUGGUUGUGGUUAUGUCAUUACUUGUGUUGAAGUCAUGGCCAUGUAAUCAGACAAUAAUUAUCUCAUGUAAUUAUUAGUGAAGAACAUAAUCAUAAUAAUCUUUGUUUGAUUGUUAGGCUAGUUCCUUUUCAGCUUUUGCAAAGAUAACUAGUUUGUUCAGCAAUGAAAGCCUUUGCUCAGUUCACAUCAGUAUAUUCUACGCAAAUAUAUUGUUACACGUCAGCUGCUUUAUGAUUGAAAGGUUCGAUUUAAUAAGAAAAUAUUUAUUUUACGAAUAAUUAUGAUGUUUGUCAAUUUUGCUCGGUGAUAUUAGUAGUAUUUGUACAAUGGACUUGAAAUAUUAUUAUGAUGGAAUUUGUACCUGAUGGUAAAGGUUAAGUGUUGUGUUUAUUUUUUCUCAUCAAAUUGAUGUAAUUACAAAUAAAUAUGUCUUCGAGAGAUUGGAGAAAAGCAUUGCGUUCUCCUCCGGCCUAUAGGGUGGGUAACAGAACUUUUAAAAUUCAAACACAAUACGUUACAAUGAUAGCAAUCGUGGGUGUAAUUGUGAUUAUACUUUUAUAUACGUCGGUGUCAUCGAGAAGUGCAGAGACCCUAGUUACAUAUGGGUUAAACAACGAAAUGAGUAGAGACGCGCACAUUAAGUACUCAUCCUGUGUUAAUAAUGUGAUAUACAACUCAACCUACCCUCUGACUUUACCCGCGCCGACCCUGCAUGGCAUCAAGUACCGUAUCGGCAUCAUUAGUGAUAUGGAUAAGUUGUCGAAAAGUCCAGAUGAACCUUACACCUGGAUCAGUCACUACCGUAAAGGAUAUCUCACUUGGAAUCGGUCAAUGACCCCUGCCAUUUCUAUUUUUUGGGAUGAAGGACCUCCGAAAAUUCUGAAGACAAAGUACAGUGAAAAAGGAAGAGGCAUGGAGCUGUCAGAACUGAUUGUAUUCAAUGGAAAACUGUUGAGUUUUGAUGAUAGAACUGGAAUUGUUUAUGAAAUCGACGAUGAUGGAAAGUCUAUUCCUUGGGUUAUACUUAUAGACGGCAACGGACACACUGAUAAAGGCUUCAAGAGCGAGUGGGCAACAGUGAAAGACGGCUGGCUGUACGUGGGUGGUAUGGGCAAGGAGUGGACCACUGCAUCGGGCCAGUUUGUGAAUACCCACCCGAUGUGGGUGAAACGCAUUUCGCCACUCGGAUUUAUCGAGCAUGAGGAUUGGCACAACCGAUAUAUCCAGUUACGGGCGUUGGUUGAUGUACACUUCCCAGGUUACAUGAUCCACGAAUCAGGCGUGUGGAGUCCAAUUCACAAGAAAUGGUUCUUCUUGCCUCGGCGCAUGUCCAAAGAGAAAUACGAUGAGAACAUUGACGAACGCAUGGCUACCAACAUUAUGAUCAUAGCUGAUGAGAAUUUCACCAAUUUUGAGGUAAAGCACAUAGGUCACGUGAUUCCCACACACGGCUUCAGCAGUUUCAAAUUCAUUCCGGGCUCCAACGACCAGGCAAUAGUGGCCUUGAAAUCCGAGGAGGACCAGGGCAAAAUUGCCACCUACAUUAUGGCAUUCACAAUUCAGGGAGAAAUUCUAUAUCCUGAAACUAAGAUAUCGGAUAGUAUGAAAUUCGAAGGCAUUGAGUUUGUUUGAAGCUCUUCAAUUUUCCAAAUGAAAGUGAUAUGAAAAGCAUCGAUUUUUGGUGAUGCUAGGAACUGUUUGAUUUUGUAUCUUAGAGAAAAGAUAGCAUAAAAAGAUAUCCCAUGGUAUAGGGUAUGUUCCAAAGUUCACAGAAAGCAGAGCUAGAUGAUAGAGUGCUGCUGGAUGGCUUCGACAGUUGAGCUAGAUAAUAGAGUGCUGCCAUAGAGAAAAUAUAGCACAAGUCGAUAACCAAUGGUAUAGGACCUUUAUGAUCAAAAGUUCACUGUUAACUCAAGCCGAUAGUCCACGUAGUUCUUUAUCGUGAAGCUAUGUGACGCUGAUAGUCUCUCAUACUGUGCCGUUCUCAACUUAACAAAACAGUAAUAAUAGACUGUAGUCGACAGUAAUCGGCUGGUAGUCUCUCAUACUGUGCCGUUCUUACACUCUCAACUUAACAAAACAGUAAUAAUAGCCUGUAGACGAAAGUAAUCGGCUUGAAAUUUAGAACAUAAACACCCUUUACUAUGGGAUAUCUUCUUAUACUAUUUAUUUUCUCUACGGUGAUAUUAAGGUGCGUACAGACGUGAGUGCCACGAACACGUGCAUUUCGCUUUUCAUCAGCUGAUGCUAUGCGUAUUAUAUCUGUGUUUGUUUAGAAACAGUGAGACAGAGUUAAGCAUGUCAUCAGCUUAUGAAAAGCGCUGUACGCGUCUUCCUGGCGCUUAAGUCUGUACGCACCGUUAUCAAUUUCCUAUGAAAACGAUAUUGAAGGCUUAGAUUUUGUUUGAUUUUUGUAUCAGAAUCUAAUUCUCUGUCGGGAGAUUUACUUUAAACUGCGAGCAUGUUGGUUGAAUGGGAACAUUGGUGCUAUCAUAGAGAAACAUUAGCGUAAGUAGAUAUCCCAUGGUAUAGGGCGUUUAUGUCGCAACUUUUACUGUUAUCUCAAGCCGAUUACUGUCGAUUAUUGUAGAUUUUUACUGUUUUGACUGGAUAAGAGUUUAUGAACAGCACAAUAUGAGAGACUACCAGCGUCAUGAAGCUUCACAGGAAAGAACUACGUGGACUAUCAGCUUGAGAUAACAGUAAAAGUUGCGACAUAAACACCCUAUACCAUGGGAUAUCUACUUAUGCUAUUGUUUCUCUAUGGUGAUAUUCAUAAGGAAAGUUUACAGUUAAAAGUAAAAUUUAAAAAGUAAAAGUUAAAUUUUCCUCAUAUCUGGAAACGAAAUUAUCAGACAGUGAAUGCAUUUUGAAAGCUUUGAAUUAGUGAAAAAUUGUAGAUUUUCUAUGAAGGUGAUAUUAAAAGCAUCGAUUUUGUAUGAUGCUUGGAAGUGUUUGAUUUUGUAUGUAGGUGCUAAGAUAAAUUUAGUGUUUGUAUAAAUCAAAAGUUGUUGGUUUAUAAAGUAAUGUGUUACUGAA